GCUACCAUUAAAUUUAAUCAAGUUCUUCCAUCAUUAAAGAAUGGUACUCUUUGUUUAGCAGGUCAUAAUAAUAUUUUACCAGAUUGGAAUCCACUCAACAAUGGUACUAUUUUACUUGAUUCAUGUGUUCCAACCAAUUACAACUCAAGUUUAAUUCCAAAAGGUUCAGAAGAAAUCCCAUGUGAUAACUGUCACAAUGCCUACAUUAUUAUUCUUUGUUAUAUGACCAUCAAUGUUGUUUACAAUAUUUUCAUUCUCUUGGUUAUUAAACAUGCUGGUGCCACUGUUUUCUCAAUUGCCAAUACUCUCAGACUCCCAUUAACCAAUAUUGUUUUCUCACUUAAAUUCAUUAUGGGUAUUAAUGUCUCACCAUUCUCUGGCUUAUCUAUAGCGGGUCUUAUUAUCAUUCUUUUAGGUCUUUCUGGUUAUCGUGUGGCUUCUAUGGUAAAAGCAAAGAAAGCUGCUGCUGCGGGUGGUGGUGAAGUUACUAUUCGUGUUAUUCCGGGUAUGGGUCCUGCUGGUAUGGAAGUUAUGCCAAAUCCAACUCCUUUAAUCAAACCAAAGAGUCCUGAUCACUUACGUAAUCAAUUCUUUAGUAAAAUUGGUAUUCAAGUCCCAGAUAACAGAUUUAAGAACACUAAUAAUAAUGUUUAA